AAACUUGUAUACAAGCCAGCGGUGGAACAAGCCUACCUUUUAGUUGCACAAAGCCACAGGUUUUCAUUGUGCACCAUUAUGGACAGUCCCGAGGCACCCUUUAUAAUUAUGGACAGUCCGGAGGCACCCUUUAUAAUUAUGGACAGUCCGGAGGCACCCUUUAUAAUUAUGGACAGUCCGGAGGCAACCAUUAUAAUUAUGGACAGUCCCGAGGCACCCCAUUCUAAAAUGGGAAUGGGGUACCUUUUUAAAAUUAUGGAUAGUCUAGAGGCACCCCAUUUUAGAAUAGGGUAGCUCAGGACCGUCCAUAAUAUUAAAGGGCGUCUCAGGACUGUCCAUAAUUUUAAAGGGUG